AUUGUGUGUAAUUCAUUGGAAUUCAUGAUUAUAAAUACAGCUUUUUCCUUCAUGAGGUUGCCAUGACAACAUAUGUUGUCAAACCAGGUAGAUACGAACUAGCUACUCCUUUCUCGUAUCUCUGGUCAAACUACUCGACAUCUAGCUAACGGUAAUGCUGCUAGCUAAACAUUUAGCUAAUUAACCUUUUAGCUGACCCCGGUAAACAGAUGUGGUGAAUGCUAUCACGAAAACAUGUCAAGGAAUAAGACUGCUGGAUACAAGGGUCCUUAUGGUUAUCAAAAAAGAAGAGAGGGGGAUGGAAGAAGUUGUGUACGUUACAAAUGUGGCCUAACAAACACCAUUCAGGAUGUCUUGCGACAAAGACCAGGCUGGAUGGAGGUCAAAGAUGAUGGAGAAUGGGAUUUUAACUGGUGUGAUGUUGGGUGGCUGAGGGAGAAUUUCGACCACUCCUACAUGGAAGAACACGUGAGGAUAUGCCAUUUCCGCAAUCAUUAUGAGCUGACGCGCAAGAACCUAAUGGUGAAAAACCUGAAGAGGUACCGCAAAACCCUUGAGAGGGAAGCUGGCCGCAUUGAAGCGUCCAAAUGUGACUUUUUCCCCCGGACCUUUGAACUACCCAGUGAAUACCACCUCUUUGUGGAAGAGUUCAAACGGAGCCCGGGCAGCACCUGGAUCAUGAAACCGGUUGCAAGAUCUCAGGGGAAGGGCAUUUUCCUAUUUCAAAAACUGAAAGACAUCAUGGACUGGAAAAAGGAUGGGAGUCGCUCAGAGGAGCAGAGAGAUGAGACUCAAGUGGAGAGCUACGUUGCACAGCGCUACAUAGAAAAUCCCUACCUUAUCAGUGGGAGAAAAUUUGACUUGAGGGUUUAUGUAUUGGUUACAUCAUAUAUCCCACUGAAGGCAUGGUUAUAUCGAGAUGGUUUUGCCCGAUUCUCCAGCACCCGAUUCUCUCUCACCAGCAUUGAUGACCAGUAUGUCCAUCUCACCAAUGUGGCAGUGCAAAAAACAGCGCCAGAUUAUGAUCCUGAAAAGGGCUGUAAGUGGCAGAUGCAGCAGCUUCGGCGAUACCUGACUGCGAGGCAUGGCACAGAGACCAUAGAGGCUCUGUUUAAGGACGUUGACAACAUAUUUGUCCGUAGCCUGCAGAGUGUGCAGAAAGUAAUCAUCAACGACAAACACUGCUUUGAGCUCUAUGGCUAUGACAUCCUACUGGAUCAGGACCUCAAACCGUGGCUGAUAGAGGUGAACGCCUCUCCCUCUCUCACUGCCAGCAGCCAAGAGGACUACGAGAUGAAGUGUUGUCUGCUGGAGGACACCUUACACAUUGUGGAUAUAGAGGGCAGAUUGACUGGCAGAGAGAAGAGGGUUGGUGGCUAUGACCUUAUGUGGAACGAUGGACCCGUCUACAGAGAAGAUGUCAACCUAGAGACACUGGGCAGUGCCUGUUUCACUGCAAACACACACCUCGGCUGUGUAAACGACAGAAAGAAGCAACUCCGUCAGCUUCUAAAACCAUUUCCAGGCAAGAAGAGGAUAUGACACACUACCCCAAAAGAUUUUCCAAUUGAAAUCAACAAGCCUACAUAUCACCCCAGUUUCCAUCAAUAUUUCAUAAAUAUGUAUUUUCUUACAACCUCACUCAUAGAUGGUGAGGUCACACUCACACAAUGACAUCACUCGAUGAUUCAGUGCAAAGCAUAUUUAUUUCUAUGCCUUACAAACAACUGCAUUCAACAUUGAGAAAAUAUGCACCACUUUCUGUGUGCGUGUGAAUGUUUAUGACAACUCUACUCCCUGAUCUAUGGCUUAGAUACUUUACAUUAAUAUUGAAUAAAUAAAGUGCGAUUUAACACAGUACGACUAUUACAUGUAUGUAGCGUUUCAAUUAAUAAAUUCCACAUAAAGUACAAUACAUUGAUAGACGUUCUAAUGUAAACAAAUGGAAUAACUGUUAAAUUAUGCAAAACAAUAUACAUUCAGCUUUUUUGCUUAACAUUUUUCCUACCUAAAACUGUAAACAUAAAUGUCAAUGACAAAUGCGAAUCAAAAUGUGAUUAACACAAUAUCUAUCAUAAAUAGAACUAUGGUGUACAAAAUUUGGAAAAAUAUGCAUUUACAUUCGUAGCAAACAUUAGACUGUCUCUCUGGAACAAAAAAAAGAGCUUAUCCCUAUGCAAAUUAUACUUGUAUAUUCAAACAAGAGAAAGCCCUUACACAAGUAUACCUUGAAUAGAGUAUAUCAUUCAUAUUGAACCAAUAAACCAUCAUUCCAACAACA